CUACUAAAGUGUGGUUUUUUUAAUUAAUAUUAUAUUAAAACAUAAACAAAGAAAUAAAAAACAAAACCAACCAUGUCCUAUACUGCCACCUUGGAUGUUGACAAAAACAUUAGUUCGGAAAAUUCCAAUACAACUAUGAUGACAGUAGAAAUACCUGUCAUUAAUCCGUCUGCAAUACAAAUAGAAAGGACAACGAUUUCAACACCACCCCCAACACCUGCUAUCAUUGAGACGGUUGAUUUUAAAACGAAAUCCUCCUCUCCCCCUUUAGCCGCAAUGGAUACCAUGGAUCCACAGCAAACACAACAACAACAACAAAUGCAAUCAUCUUCGACGACCACCACAACCAUGACCAGCACUAAAGAUAAAAUGGACACUGAUCCGGCAUUGGCUAAUUUUAAAGUGUUGUACGUGUUAACCCAAUUAUGUGGCUUAACAAUGAUCGUUUUGAUGGGAAGCUGGAUUGGCGUUCAUAUGGGUGGUUUGUCUGGUACCAGCGCACCAAAAUUAGAAUUUAAUUGGCAUCCUCUUCUAAUGACAAUUGGUUUAAUAUUCUUAUAUGGCAACGCCAUUUUGGUAUAUCGUGGCUUCCGUUCAGCGCGCAAGAAGACAUUGAAAAUUACACAUGCCGCCAUACACAUGGGUGCAUUCAUUUUAACGGUUAUUGCCCUCAAAACCGUAUUUGAUUCACACAAUUUAGCCGAUCCAAAUCCCAUACCCAACAUGUAUUCGCUGCACUCAUGGUUGGGUCUAUCGGCCGUCAUACUUUUCUGUUUGCAGUAUGUGGUUGGUUUUGCCGCAUAUUUAGUGCCAGGUGCUAAGGAAUCAUUGAGAGCUGCCAUCAUGCCAUUGCACAUAUAUUUCGGUCUAUUUGGCUUUGUAUUGGCAAUUGCGUCGGCUUUGAUGGGCAUAACGGAAAAGGCGAUAUUUUCUGUUGAGAACUAUUCCAAUUUACCCAGUUCUGGUGUGAUGAUCAAUUUGUGCGGUGUUUUGUAUGUGGUGUUUGGCGGUUUGGUCGUUUAUUUGGCUACAAAUCCCGCUUACAAAAGGAAAGCUAUGCCCGAAGAUACCGCAUUGCUGACAAAUGGUGCUGAAUAAAGUGUUUCUCACUUUUAUUUGCUUUAUGUUUUAGACUUUCAAUUUAAGUUUUACUAUUUUGUUUUUUUUUUUAGAUUUUUAACCAAUAUCACAAAGAUAAGCUCAAAUUUUUUUUUUACCAUAUAAAUAUAUAUUUUUAUAUAAAGUUUUUAUUGUUGUUUAUUUGUAAUAAUUUACAAAAUUAGUUUGAGAAGUUUAACAGAAUUAUAUUUUUCUAUACAACUGCAUAAGUAUAAAUCUUAUGGUGCUAAAAAAAGUAAGUUGUUUUUGGAUUAAUGUUUAAUUUUCUUAAUUUUAAUAUGUAUUAAAAAUAUUACCAAAUAUUUAAGAAAGUAUUUUAUUUUAUUAUCAAAAAAAAAAAUAAAAAAAAUAUUAAAAGCUUUUGUAAAUUUUACUUAAAUAUUAGAACGAAAUUUAUUUGUCAAUGUAUUAACAAUAACAACUAAUAAACGUAACCCCUGAUUGCUUAAGUUGGUUAAGUCACAAUUUCAAAUAAUUAAACAUAAAUUAAAUACAUAUGAAAUAAAUAUAUUAUUUAAACAUUUAUGUAUAAAUACCAAAAUAAAACAAUAUUAUUAUUAUUGAUGUAAAUUAUUCUAAUCUAAAUACAAUACAUAUAUACAACAAAUACAAUAAUAAAUAUACAUAUUGCAAAAUAAAUUAUAAUAAAA